AUGUCCAACGAAACAGCAACACCAACAACAACAAACACAGCGCACGUAGAGACAGCGAGCUCUGCGGGUUCUGGAUAUUCAUUCUCGAGCAGUACCAUCGUGCGCGCGGCCAUUGCGGCUGGUAUUAUUGUGCUCGUGAUCUGUGCGCUGCUCCUGGCCAUGAAGAUCUCCUCCUGGGUCCGUUUCCGCAACCGCCUUCGCCGUGAACAAGCACUACGCAAGAUCCAGGAAAACGAACACAAGGCCCACGCAUUCGAGCUUGCUGCGUGGUCGGACACGCCCGGUCAGGCUCCCGUCACUGACGGACCCAACAACAGCAACAACAGUUGGUGGAAGCGCACAAAAACGGUCAAGAACACCAGGAUGAUGAUCCGCGGCCGAGUCAACGCCUACGCCGUGUACGAGUGGGAAGGUGUCCCCGCGUAG